AAAGGGCGUGACAGUUGUAAUACGGAAGCGGUAGUUCUAUCCUAGCGCGAACUUUCGUCAGGCGGUUAAGUUUUAUUUGUUAGCAGGACUUAAACGGGUCAGUCUGUAGACUAGCAAGGGGGAAAACGAAUAUUAGAGAUUUUGUUUUGUUAAACAUAUUCCAGCCUUUUUGUCUUUUUUCAAACAGGAGUUUUUCGAUGCCCCGCAAACGUUUACACAGCGAUGGUUAGCCUAGCAGUUAGCUUCUGCAGCUAGUCAGCCUCUGACCCCAGCCGGUGCAUCGUAGCUGCAGCUAACUUUGGUGUGACUCUCAGUUAAGAAAUGGCUCAUUGUGGAGAUGUAAUGGAUGGUGAACUAGAAGAUGGGGAAAUUUCCGGACCCGAAUCGGACAACGAGAUGGCGGCGACGACGACCGCAGCGCGACCCCACGUCCCCCCUGUCUUCGGCGGCCAUUCCUUCCAGAGCAGAGCCGCUGCUCGGCCUCCUGCAGCCCCUUACCGCAGCGUUGGGAAGACCGAGGAGUCCAGUGACAGCGAACCGGAGUCGUCAGACGAGGAGGCGGCUGUUUGGCGCAAGAAGCGCCAAAAAGUGUGUAACGUUCCCCAGCCGACACGCCCGGCGGCCCCCGGUGCAACGGGUGGGCGCAGAGUCAACAACAUCUGGGGCUCCGUGGUGCAGGAGCAGUGCCAAGAUGCCGUGGCCACCGAGCUGGGCAUCUUUGGCAUGGAAGGUGAGGUCAGCAUGUCCAGUAGAAACGUGGAGACGUAUAACUUUGUCCUGGCUCGUAAGAUAAUGGAGAAGGAAAGAGAAAAGGAGAUGCAGGCGAGGAACGAAGGAGAGGUGAACAUGCUCGAUACCCAGCUGGAAGAAUACAUGAAGGGUCGGGGGUCAGAGGAGGGCACUGGGGGUGACGCCAAGAGGAAGAGGCCUCUCAAGGACAGACUGGGCCCCAGAGCUGAGAUGGACGUCCAGGGCAGGUACGAGAUCACAGAGGACGACCCGGUGGAGAAGGUGGCGGAGGAGAUCGCACACAGACUUCAAGAGCCCAAGAAAGACCUCAUCGAACGGGUGGUGAACGUCAUCGGAACCAAAAAGGCCAUCGAACUGCUGGGAGACACCGCCACACAGGAGGCGAGCGGGGGGGUGUACACUGUAGACGGCAGCAGGCGACGGACACCAGGGGGCGUGUAUCUCUACCUGCUGAAGAACACUCCCAGCAUCACCAAGGCACAGGUCCGCAAGAUAUUCGCAGAGGAAAACCAGAUGGUGGAGAAGAACAAGAAGGCUGCUCAGAAGAGGAGGAGACACAUGGUGGCGAAGAAGAUGAAGCAGGCCAUCAGCACGCUGAACCUCCAGGAGCACGACGACGUCUCCAGAGAGACGUUCGCCAGCGACACCAAUGAGGCCUUGGAGUCACUGGAGGACGCAGCAGACGAGCUGGGAGACCGAGGAGAAGACAGAGGAGCGGAGCAGGAGGAGGAGGAGGAGCAGGUGGAAGCUGCUGCAGGGACUGAAGACACCGCCGUGGUCUACAUCUCCACAGACCUGGAGGUCUUCUGAAACCUCUCCACUGUCUUUGAACUCCUAAGACACCGUUGACAUUCGUCCACUGUGACCAGAUCAAAGUCGUUUCAACAAAAACAUGUAUUUCAGGGUGUGUUGACUUUUUAAUAUCAUGUAGGACAGAGGAUGAAACCAGGUCUGAAUGGAGCCUUAAAGGUCAAAGGUGAAAACCGUCAUGAAUGAAACACUAAAGGACAGUACUGGGAUAAAGACCGACGCGUUUGUUCUAGAAGUUUCUCACCAGAAGAAUUCCUUUUAGCCCAAAGUUUCAAUUCACUUUUCUUUUUUUUGUGCUAAUAACCCCUCUAAACUUCCUGUUUCCUGUUUCCUGUAAAACUGAUCUGUGAAGAUGAUGUUGGGAAAUUGUUAAAGACACGUUUCACAUGUUUGACAAUAAUAAUGUUCACGCUUAUAAAUAAAGGAAUGAAGAUGAACUUUA